AUGCGCGUCGACCUGCUGACGAAGAAGGGCAAAGGAAUUACUUUCCAGGACGUUGCAGGGCUUCAUGAAGCCAAAAUCGAAAUCAUGGAAUUCGUCGACUACCUCAAGAAUCCUAAAAGUUAUCAGAGUUUGGGGGCGAAAAUUCCAAGGGGGGCACUCCUCUUGGGCCCUCCUGGUUGCGGGAAGACACUGCUGGCCAAAGCUGUGGCCACAGAGGCGAAGGUCCCAUUCCUUGCAAUGGCCGGUUCAGAAUUUGUGGAAAUGCUUGGAGGAUUGGGGGCGGCCAGGGUGAGGGAUCUGUUCAAGGAAGCAAGGUCGAGGUCGCCGUGCAUCGUCUACAUUGAUGAGAUCGAUGCCAUUGGGAGGAAGAGAUCGGGAGAUAACUGGUCGCCAGGGAGCAGCGAGGAAGAACACACCCUCAACCAACUAUUGGUCGAAAUGGACGGCAUCGGCACCAAGGAGGGGGUCAUCGUCCUCGGUUCGACCAAUAGGGCUGAAGUAUUAGACAAGGCGCUGUUGAGGGCUGGCAGAUUCGACCGACACAUCCUCAUUGAUUUCCCAACGCUGAAAGAGAGGUUGGAAAUUUUCGAAAUCUAUUUAAAGACACUGAAACUGAAACAGCCACCCAGGGCUUACUCGGAAAACUUGGCCCAGAUGUCGCCUGGAAUGAGUGGAGCAGACAUAGCGAACAUAUGCAACGAAGCAGCGCUACAUGCAGCAAGACUUGGCCACAAAAACGUCGAUUUUUCUGAUUUCGAUUAUGCCGUUGAAAGAGUUACCGCUGGCGUGGCUAAAAAAAGUCGCGUCCUGUCAGAGUUAGAGAAGAAAGUUGUAUCCUAUCACGAGGCAGGGCACGCAUUGGUGGGCUGGCUUCUAGAGCAUACCAAUUGUUUACUUAAGGUGUCAAUAAUUCCGAGAACCAAUCACGUUCUAGGAUUCGCCCACUACAUCCCACAAGAUAGGCAUCUUUUUUCUUCUGAAGCACUCUUCCAGCAAAUGUCCUUGUUGCUUGGUGGUCGUGUGGCUGAGUCCUUGACCUUUAACUCUGUUACUUCCGGCGCAGAGGAUGAUUUGAAAAAGGUAACAAAGAUGGCGUACGAUCAGGUGAGAGUCAUGGGGAUGAAUGAACGAGUUGGUCUCGUUUCGUUUCCAACGUCAUCAUCGUCGUCAUCAGAAUACAGUCUCAAACCUUUCAGUAAAGAAACUGCCAGGAUGAUUGAUCACGAAGCUAGGCUCCUAGUGGCAAAAGUCUACAAAUUCACAGAAAAACUGCUGACAGAAAAUAAGGAAAAACUUAAAAGGGUAGCCGAAGCUCUGCUAGAAAAAGAGACACUCAGCUACUCUGACAUGGAGCAGCUCGUUGGACCCCCGCCGUUCGGGAAGAAACAAUUAGUCAGGCGGCCGAUUAGUGAAGAUGGCGGCGAUCAAGAUGGCGGCGGAGGAGGAGAGGGAAGGGGAAUGAAAGGAAAGGCAGAUAGAGGAAAUGAUGAGAGAGAAGGAGGAAUGAAGGGAGAAAGUGACGGAAAAAAUGGUGGCGGUUUUAAAGGAGUCUACAGGACUAAAUGA